AAGACGACGUCGUUACGCUGCCACUGCCAAUUUGCCCAGCGUUUGAUCUGCGACUGUUAGGAGGUAAAGGGUGAGAAGAAGAUGCAACACAGAAAUUUGACGUCGGGAAGGCCCUCUGGAACCGAUGGCUCUGAUUAUUCCUACCGUAUGGUAGUUGAUUCAAGGUAUCAACUGGUUGCAAAGGGGAAGAAACGCCUCUCUCUGCUAUUUAUCAUCGAGGCUUUGUUUCUAUUAAUAGGAGUGAUAUUUGCAUUUUUACCAGGGAUAGAAGCGGAUACUCCAAAUACAAUUGCCCUUUCUUCUGUUAUUGUUAGUAUCAUUCUGCUGAUCAUUGCGAAUAUAGGUCAAAGACGAAGCAAGUCCAGUUUGUUGAGAUUAUACGCCAUUGUAUCAUCGAUAGCAAUGGUUCUCUUUAUUGCUUCUCUCUCAAAGCAAUAUUCCCUGCUGAAGGCUAUCUUGGAUUUUAAUUUUUGGGGAUCAAGGAAGUUUGAUGUUAAUGGUCUUCCUGGAUUUCACACUGGUUUGCUGGUAUACAUACUCACCUUAUCGUUGUUAAAAAUUUGUACCAUCAAAACAGUUGUUUCCCUUCUUUUUAACAUGUCACCUCCCAAGAAAGCCUCUUAGCCGCUCAUCAAUUUCUGGGUACAAAUCCAAAUUUUAUUCCUCGUUGAUCUAUGUACAACAGGUUGAUCUGUAUGAUUUGAUCUUUUUCUUUCUUUUUUUAUUAAUUUUGAG